AUGAUGACUUGGUUCUUACCAUUCUUAGCAGUGAACUUCUCGGCACUGAUCGGUGGUGAUGUUGUGUCAUCAUCAUCAUCACCACCACUACUUGUUGAGAGGACAUGGAACAACACCAAGUAUGGUUGUAAGUGCUAUAUAGGUGAUGAUUGCUGGCCGAGCGAGGACUCUUGGGCCAAACUGAAUUCAACGGUGGAUGGAACUCUCCUGGUGAACAUUCCUCCGGGUGCAUCUUGUCAUAACACAUUUGAUGGCCCUCUUGGUACGAUUCCGACAUAUGACGCUGCUGCUUGCGCGGAGGCGAUAGAUAAAUGGUCUGAUGAAUCAUGGGGCGUCGAGAAACCAGCAGCAGAACUAUGGACAUAUUUCACGAAUGAUACUUGUCGUCCUACUAGUGACCCUGCCGCACCUUGCACCCUUGGCUACUAUGGAGUGUAUGUGAUAAUGGCUCAAUCUAAAGAUCAUAUCAAGGCCGGCGUGGAUUUUGCUAGGGAAAACAACUUGCGCCUAAUCAUUCGAAACACGGGUCACGACUUUAUCGGACGUAGCACUGGCUGGGGAGCGUUGAUCAUUAAUACGCAUAGCUUCCAAGACGUCGAGUUCACCACCGAGUAUAGCGGUCCUGGUGAUUACAAGGGAGGUGCCGUAACAAUAGGGGCGGGAGUCCAAGGUCGAGCGCUGCUUACUCAAGCUCACGCUCAGAAUCCACCCGUGGCGGCUUUAACAGGAGAAUGCCCAACUGUUGGCGUCGCUGGUGGACUUGUCCAAGGCGGCGGCCAUGGUCCGCUUACGCCACUGUAUGGACUGGUCGCUGAUACAGCAUUGACCUUUGACGUGUUGACAACGGAUGGCAAAUAUCUGACUGCAAAUUCCGAAGAGAAUCCCGAUCUCUUCUGGGCCUUAAAAGGAGGUGGACCGUCUACCUUUGCUAUUGUACUUUCGGUGACCCUUAAGACGUUCCCGGAACAGAAGGCAGCCGGCGUCUUCAUCAAUAUCAACUCAACGCUCACCAACGACGCAGAUGUAUUUUGGGAGGGCGUCAAGUCGUUCCACAAGUACUCAAACGAAAUCGUGGCGGCUGGUCUUUACGCUUAUUUCGAACUUAUGCCAUUGCGCUUGCAUAUACAACCUAUUGUCGGAGUCGGGAAGACUUCAGCGGAAGUGAAGGCCAUCCUCCAGCCUGUGUUUGACGAAUUCAAAGCUAAGGGCAUUCCAUACGACACAGGCAGCAAGGAUUUUGAUACAUUGUUCGAUCUGUAUACUGACUUAUUCGAAGACGAGACCGCCGGCACUGCGGAUCUUACGGGCGGAUGGAUGUUCACCCACCAGGACGUCGAAGAAAAUAAUGACGAAAUUAUCGAAGCGUUUAAGACUGUCAUGUCGCCACGGGAUGACUUGAAAGAGCGGGGAUUUAUCAUUGGCCACCUCUGGGAUGCUGGUCUGAAUACGCCGGUUUCAAACAGCGCAACGAACCCGCGGUUUAGAAAGUCUACAGAUUUUACCAUCGCCGGGCUAUCAGUCCCAGAUGGUGCAACUUGGGCCCAGAAAGAGGAUCUUCAUGAUGUACUAACUAACAUCCAAGAUGCCGCAUUGAGGAAAGCUGGGCCGAAUGGAUGUGCCUAUGUUAACGAGGGAGACCCGUAUCAACCUGAUUGGCAAGAUCACUUCUGGGGCUCGGAAUAUCCAAAAUUGCUGGAAACUCGCAAGAAGUGGGAUCCUCACGGUGUCUUGUACGCCGUAUCAACCCCGGGAACAGAGGACUGGGAGGUUAUCGAAUACGGUACAAGAUUAUGUCGAAAGUAUUGA